AGAUGGCGUUGUGGUCGAUUCGGUACGUCAAUGGCUGUUUAUCAUAGGAGCGAUACCUUCGAAGAUUCAUGUUGUCGAAAAAACUAUGCAAGCACGAAACAUGUAUAUUCGGAUUUGAAAAAUGAUGUACACUUUAUUCACUAAGACGAUAAAGUUGCCAGUUUUGAAGGAGAGGAUAUUAGGUAAAGGGUAAUAGUCACCAUGUCAGAUACAGCUUCUACGCCACAAAGACUAUUUUGUCCACGUCUAAUAGAUUACAUUACUAUCGUAAGCAGCCAUCAUCCAAAUCAAAACAACAAUGUAGCUCAAACACCAGAGUUACUAAGGAGAUAUCCUCUAGAAGAUCAUAAAGAUUUUGCCUUACCAAAUGAUAUUAUUUUCUUUUGCCAGCCAGAAGGAUGCAUAAGUGUUGGUCCAAAACGAAUGAGUCUUCGGGAGACGACAUCUUUUGUUUUUACAUUAACAGAAAAAGAUUCUGGAAUAGUUAGAUAUGGUAUUUGUGUGAACUUUUUCCGACCUUUCGAAAAGAAGUGUCAUGAAAAAUGGAAAAGUGACAAUAGGACUAGUACUGAUGGUAAUGGCAAUUCAUUGACUAUUGACCAGGAAAAAAGUAAACAAAAAUCUCCCAAAAGUAGUCGUAAAAUGAAAACUGCAUCAAUGGUGCGGAACAAUGUUUUAACCUCACUAUGCAUAGUUAGUCAUCAUCCAUUUUUUUCUACGUUUCGUGAAUGUCUUUUCAUAUUACGUCGACUCAUUGAUGCAUGCCAUGAAAGAACAUGUUCCAAAAGAAUUGGUGUUUCAUCUGCUAGAGAUAAAUCAAGGGACACAGUAUGGGGAGUUUUAACAGGACAGGGAAGUGACAAUCUGACAGGUUUGGUCAUGCAUGAAGUCAAAGAGAUUGAGACAUGGAUCCUGAGACUGUUAAGUGCACCUGUACCAGUUCCUGGCAAAACAAGAGUUGAGGUCCAGGUUUUACCAAAAGAUUUACAGCCCCCAUUGUUGUUUGCCUUGCCAGACCAUACCCGGUUUUCACUUAUAGACUUCCCCUUACAUUUACCAUUAGAACUGUUAGGUGUUGAUACAUGCCUGAAAGUUCUCACCGCUAUCAUGUUAGAAUAUAAGGUUGUGAUGCAAUCUCGUGAUUAUAAUGCCCUGACAAUGAGUGUGAUGGCAUUUGUUUAUAUGCUUUACCCAUUAGAAUAUAUGUUUCCUGUUAUACCAUUGUUGCCAACCUGCAUGUCGUCAGGAGAACAGCUGCUGAGUGCCCCUACACCUUUUAUUAUUGGAGUUCCUGCCAGUUUUAUACCAUACAAGAAAGAAUUUAAAAUCCCAGAUGAUGUCUGGCUUGUAGAUCUGGAUUCUAACAAGAUGACAAUUGGAAAAAAUGAAGAUUUACCUCCCUUACCUGAACCAGAAGGAACACAACUAAAAAAUCAUCUUAAACAGUUAAAAUACAGUGCUUUGGCCAGUAUGAGUAUGACACCUCAACCAAUCAAAAAUCUUGAUACAGUUGCUCAUAAUCCUGAAACAUGGAAAAGACGGGAGAGUUUCUCUUCACAGACUGGCUUCAAUCCACUUAUCUAUGGUAAUGAUGUCGAUUCAGUGGACGUAGCCACAAGGGUAGCCAUGAUAAGAUUCUUCAACUCAGCAAAUGUUUUGGGUAAUUUCUCUGAACAUACAAGAACAUUAAGACUUUAUCCACGGCCAGUAGUAGCAUUCCAGAUGUAUAGCUUUCUCAAAUCACGUCCAGCAAGAAGCCAUUUUAUUGCCAGAAUGGCUAGAACACAGGCCACAGAGUAUUUUGCUGAAUGGUCACUAUGUCCAAAGAAUGUAGUAUUCCUACGUGUCCAGACGUCCGUGUUUGACCCCUUGUUGAUUGGGGACAAACCUAAGUGGUAUGCCCAUCAGCUACAGGCUAUAGAGUUUAAGGUGUAUGAUGAAUCCUCAACCCUAGGGUCUGCUCUGUCAACCACAACGGGGGAAGCACUCAGUGAUGAAUACCCAACAGAUGAAAGUGGUAGUGACAGUGAUGGUGCAGACAGUACCAGCUCAUCUUAUUCUUCUCUCAGCGAUUUUGUCACAGAUAUGGUCAACAGUGAGAUUGAUGGUGAUACACCAGCUUUAGUUCUAGAAAAGCAAGUUCUGUCAGUGGAUGAAUCAAAGAUCUACACACCACCAAGCAAACUACAGCUUCCAGAAACACCUAUAAAUACCAGUGAUUCAGCUAAUUCUCUACCAGAAAGUGACGUCAGUAGUUCUGAAUCAGAAUCAAGGUCAGGGAGUCCAACAUUUGCUCAGGAUGUUCCUGAUCAGAGCUCAGCGAAAAGUACUCCUAGUAAAGUAGACAAGAAAUCAGAAUUCAUAUUUGAUUCAGGAAAUGUCUCAGCCACUAGCAGAUCUUUAAACAGUUCCAAUUUGACUCACUCUGAUAGUAUUGGAUCAAACAACAGUACUCCAGAGUUACCAAAACGUCCUCCACCUUUAGCUCCAUUAACCAGGAGCAUUAACUCAGCAUUUGAAGCUUAUGAAAAACCAUUAUCACCAACAAUUAGAAAGGGAAGGAAUUCACCAGGGUUGAUGAGUCCCCAGUCUCCAAGGAUAAGGAGUAAUAGUAACACAGACCCAAGGAUUCGUAAAAACAGUAGUGGAUCAAAGUCAGUCCCUGGAGACAGAGAAUUACCAGAAAGAGGCUCUACACCUUCAUCAUUGAUAUCAACAAUCAGUAAUGAACUCACAGACAUGGCUCAAUCAGCAAGCAGUACAAUGUCAGAGUUAUUUGACAAAUUUUCAUUCUCACCAAAAUGUGAGAUUAUUGAAGAGAAAACUGAACCAGGAUCAACAAGAAGUCCACAACAUCAUCAUGCCAAACCAGUAAAGCCUUUUGCUCCUUUAGGAAACAGAAAAGCUUUAGUAGAGAAAUCAGGCUUAGUUAAACAUGCCACUAAUCCAAGAAAAACAAAAGAAUCUCAGAAAGCUAGUGGAAGUGAUGGUAGAUCUGCUUCUAAUAGUGAAAAUCAGCAGUUUUUGAAAGAGAUUGUCACCAAUGUUAUGGAAGGACAAGGUGUCAGCUGGUUAAAACUAGGUCGUGUUCGAAGAUUGAUGGAAGAUGAGAACUAUCGUAACUUUGUUGUCAGCAGAAUAAACAAAAACUUGGAUAAGAAAUUAAAUGAUGAAACGCAACAUAUUGAAGAUGUGAGUUUAUCAAAGACAGUAUUUAAAGGAAUGCUAACCCUGAUUAAAGCUUUGAUUCAUGGUUUGGAACAUACUUACCAGAACCAUGGGCUAGGAGGAAUGGCCAGUGCUUUCAUGUUAUUAGAGAUUAACCACACCCAUUUCUGGAUAAAGGACGCUACGGGGAAACUACCAUCCAGUAGUCGUAGUGAUACCAGUGUUACGCCUGAUAGGAAUUCUCCAUUUGGAAGUCACGAAAGUUUAGCUUCCCGGAAUGAUGACUCUCCACAAAAGCAGGAAAUGUCUAGUUUGCAUGAUGAACACUCCAUUGCAUCAGUUGGGCGAGGUGAAGCUUAUCAUGGUAAUAACAAGGGUUGGUGGGCGGACCACCACCCACUGUCCUCCCAACAUUCUGAUUUGUCCAUCACUUCAUGUAAUAGCACUGAUUCAGGGUCACCAGUUAUCGUAAAUGGUGAAGAAUUUGAAAAUAUUGAAAUACGAAAAAUUGAUGAAGGUAGUUCAUUGGAUUCUAACAAACAAUUUCUUGACCAAAACCGAAAUACACCAAAAUCAUUAUCUGUAAGACAACAAUGUGACAUUAUUGUGACAAAAACUGACACAUCGGACUUAAAAUCUCCUACUGAUGUAUUACAUCAUAUCGUCAGAAAUAAGGAAAUUAUAAACUCUUCACAAGGAUUGGACAAGAGGUGUAGUAUUGAUUCUGAGGUGUCGGAAGCCAAUACGUUGAUUAGUUCAAGUUCUGAAACCGACGGGACUGAUGGAGGACGAAGAACAAAGAAGAGGAUUAACCACCAUUCUAUUAGAGGGGCUAUGUCUGACAGUGAAAUGGAAAUGUCUGGGAUUGUUAGUUAUAAUAAGAGAAGUAGAUCACCCAGUGUGUGGAGUAAUAAAAGUUCCCUAAGUGCAGGGUUCAGAUAUCAUGAGGGUAAAGUCAUCAGUACCUCUCCCGUACCUCAUAGUCCUGAUACUGGUAGGAUGUUCCUCUUUGAGGGUUUACUAGGUAAAGACAGAUCAAGAUUAUGGGACCAGAUGCAGUUUUGGGAAGAUGUAUAUUUAGAUGCUGUAGCACAGGAGAGGGAUAUAAUAGGCAUGGACCAGGGACCAGGGGAAAUGAUGGAAAGGUAUACUUCCCUGGGUCAGUCAGAAAGGAAACGUUUGGAGCAGGAUGAAGAUAGAUUAAUGUCUGUGAUACUUUAUAAUAUUGUUGCAUUUAUGGUGAUGAUGCGGGUUCAUAAACAGGAAAUACGCAAGAAAGUACGAAGGUUACUUGGCAAAUCUCAUAUUGGAUUGUCAUACAGUGGGGAAAUCAACUUCUUGUUAGAUAAUAUACCAAAUCUGCAUGGUAAUGAUAUAGAUCUUAAACCAGUGGGCAGUAGAUUUAUGCAGAAACAAUCAUUUACUGUACACUGGGGUACAGAUAACACGGGAGAUAUGUUAUUUAUGGAGGUGUGUGAUGAUUGUAUUAUAUUACGUAGUGUGACAAGUGCAAUAUGUGAUCGAUGGUGGUAUGAGAAGCUAGUUAAUAUGACUUAUUGUCCUAAAACUAAGGUGCUGUGUCUAUGGAGAAAACAUGGGGAGAAGGUGCAACUCAAUCAGUUUUAUACUAAAAAGUGUCGAGAACUAUAUUUCUGUGUAAAAGAAGCUAUGGAAAAAGCUGCAUCUAGGAAUAAUGGCAAAGUUCCAGCCACUGAACUUGGUGGAGAAUUCCCUGUGCAAGAUUUGAAGUCUGGACAAGGUGGACUCCUCCAAGUCUGUAUGGAAGGGAUUGGAUUAUUACUGGCCAAUAGCAAGACAAAAUUUAAUGCAAUUUUAAAGAAAACAGACCAAGGGUUGUUUAUUGAGCUAGGUCGUAUCAAGAAAUGUUUCACACAGAAAGGAGGCAUAUUUGUUCUUGAGGAAUUUGAUCCCAAAAAUCGGCAAGUAACCAUGCACAAAUUCAAGUCAAGAAUGGCAGACCAGAUAUGUUAUGCAGUGUUAUGUGUAUUUUCCUAUGUAGCUGCAGGAAUGGAAAAGGAACAACAAGAUAAACAACAUUUACUGUUAGAUAAACAGCAAAACUUAGCUCAGCAUCAAAGAAGACAAACAUAGCAAAUAUUCUACUUUCACUUUCAUUUUGCUCAGAUUUUUUUAACCAACGAUACUUAUUUACUUGUCAGCAUCAAAUGUGAGCGUGUUAAAAAUGAAUUUUAUUGUUUAAAGAAUAGCUUAUUUUCUUAUCCAUUUAAGAUGUUUUCUUUGAACAUUUAAAAAAAAAAAUAUAUAUAUAUAAUUAAUUGGUUGUAUAUUUGUUCGGAGUUUGAUAAUGUUAAUUAUUAAAAUAACUAUCCUGCCAUUUCAUAAAAAAUGUUCAAUGUUCAAUAUUUUUGUCUUUAUAUUGUAAAAUUGUGAAAUUUUUAAUCGCUUUAGGUCAAAUUAAAAUUUCAGUAAUUUCCUUCUUUUUAAAUACCUGAUAAACCAUAUCAAAUAUCAUUCAAAAACAUAUAUAACCAAAAAUGUUCAGAAACUUUUGCAGUAUUUCAAUUAAUCUGCCAAAAUCAAAAUUGUCAAAAAGAUUAAAAGUACCAAAGAACUGCUGCAAGUAAUAAAAAAUCAGUGCUUACAUUAUAAAGCAUUUAAUAAUUAUUAUAGAAAUUUCUAUUUUUGAAUUGAAAAUGUAUUUUUAUAACUGUGUUUGUCUUCUUUAUUACGGCUAUAGAUAGCUAUAUGGUAUAAUCAUUGUAAAAGUUAUAUGUGUAGAUCUAAUAGUUUAUGUACCUUAAAUUUGGUUGUUUUUUGGGUUCUGCCUUAUGUUAGAGAAAGCAUAGGAUUAGUUCAUGUUGCAAUUAGAAAAAAAUAAUAUAUUUACACAAAUUAUAAAAAAAAGAUAUGAUUUGCAUUUGUCUAUCAUUUGUCAUUGUUAUUAAAUAAACUACAGGUGGAUUAUGUAUGGAAAUUUGUUGUCUGUAUUUGAUCAGAAUUUAUGCUAGUCCUUAGAAACUUUUCUAGUCUAUCGAAUCUAUAUUUCUGGUCAUAAAUAUCUUAUUGCUGUCCAGUUUUACUUCAAUUUCUUAGUUUUAUAAAGGGUCAAUUGUUAUAGGCUCUCAUUCAACGAUCUAAAGCAAAAGGGAAUUUAGUUUUACAAAUUGCUUGGAAUUUUUUCUUAACAAAUUUAAUAUUAUUUGAUCUGAAUAUAGCAUUUUGAGGUUUGAAUAUAUCUGUAUUGUGUUUUAUUACUAAAGUAGGUAGAGCCUAUUCAUUGGAAAAAAAUGAGAAAUAUCCAGAUUAUUUAUAGAAUUAAUUAAAAAUCAAUUGCCCAAUAUGUAAGGAUUUAUAAGAAUGUUAAUAAACUUUAUUCAAAUUACUUUUCUCUGACUUACUGGUGAAUCUCAAGCUAUCCAUGACCUAUUGGGUGCUGGUCAAGGUCUAUUUUAAAUUGUAUUUGCUUUAGAAGACAAUGUGUACAACAAUGCAAAUUAUGUCCUUUGUAAUGUCAUAUAGUUGAAUCAUAUAUAUAUAAGGUUGUAAUUAGAUAAUUUAUUGACUGUGUUAAUAUGCGAAAAUGUUUAUGUGAUAAAUUUGUUGUUUGUAGAAAAACAAUUUUAUAAUUCUUGUUGUGUUUUAAUAAAUUCUAACUGUUACUUUCUGUGAUGUAGAUAUACUUGUUUUUUAUCUGACGCUUUUGUAAAAGAAAAUGUGAGAACCUUGCAUAGAAGUAGCAUUUUUUGUUUACCUCUUUCAUUUAGAUCUUACAUAAGUUCAUCUAAAUACCUAGCAUUACAAUUUGUAUUAUAGCCCAUACUGCAAAAUAAUUGGGGCAUAUUACCUUUCCUUCAUUAAGACAGUCUGUCAGUCACUUUUGGUUCCUUAUUAAAAAUCAAAUUUUUACAUUGGAUCUUAUUCUUACUUACAUGUAUGGUCACAUAUAAUUAUAGGAAGAUCCUUUUAUAUUCUGAAGUCUCUAGAUCUAAUUUUGAGUUCAAAGAUACCAAAAAGAGGUUAGUGUUAGAUAAUAUUACUAUCUGGAAUCAUAACAGAAUGUAUCAUAACAUCAGGAAACAAGUGCUGUUAGUGUACUAUUAAUAAAUCCUUAUUAUAAAGUGGAGGGUUGAGGUAUUUGAGUUUGCUCAAAUAUGGUUCUUUAUUUCGAAAAAAAUAUUAAUAAAUUAGAACUAUAAUGUUUAAUUUUUCAAGUAUUGAUAAGAACCUUAGUAUUUAUACCAACAUUUAAUCGGAUUUUCAAAAAAAUUUACAACGAUUUUUUUGAUUUCAAUAAAAAUGUAAUUGUUUAUUUGAAUUUGAUAUAACAAAAUAUUUUAAAAGGAGAUAUUUUCAAAUUUGAAACCUUUUGCACAGGGAUUAAAUAUCUCCCAUCAAACAAGUAGUUUGCCUUUCUCUCAUAUAUUGUUGAUUUUUUAUAAUCAAUUUAAAUGGUGAAUACCUGAACAUAUUUUUUAAUGGCAAAAGGGAAAAAAAUUGCAUGAAAUUUAUUUCUAUUCAUUGUAUGUUUACAUUGUUAAAAAUGUUUGGGGCAUUAUUCCAGUCUUAGUUUUAAGGAAACUUAAGGCAUUAUUUUAUUAUUAUUCAAAGACAUAUUCAGAUGCUUUUGAUUCAUAAUGAAUUAGCCAAACGUCAAAAUAAAAGACUUGACAAAAAUGAGUUCUUAUUCAAUAUUUGGCAUUGUUUUAAUUAUUUACCAACACAUGUAGUGAUUAAUUGCAUUGUAAGUAUUGAAAUAUACUGGAAGCUCUGUGAUAGCUAUGAUUCUCUAUAAUUAAGUGUCUGACAUAUAAAAAAAAGCUGAUAGAAAUGUUUAAGCAUUCCGUAAAUAAAUAGUCUCCUUUACAUGUUCCCUCUGCAAAGAAGUAACCUUGACCAGCAUAGUUCAAUAUUAAAAAAUAAUUUAUCUCUCUCUGUCUCUCUCACUAUGUAAUAAAUAUAAAGUAAAAACAAGACGAAGAGAGAAACACAGGUAUUACUAUUUUAAGACUCAUUUCUUUAGCUGUCUAUCUGAAAUUAUGAAAUGUAAGACAAAAUAAUUUGUUUGUUCAAAACCUUGCUGUUGCUUUAGAAAUGACCUUGACAUAAUAAUUAAGCUGGACUUUUAAGUUGUGAUGAGAUAUGUGAGGCCAAGUUUUGAUGUGAAAUCCACAACAACUAUCACUAGAUGCACUAAGUUCAUUACAGUUUAAAUUUAUUGUUUAGUACUCAUUUAUCAUUUUCGUUUUAUUCAUAAGAACAUGAGAUAAUGAUUUUUAUUUUGUUUUAAACUAAUUUCUAUAAUAUUACUGUGCAAGUGCUUCAGAACUCGACAACAAUAUUUUUUUAUUUUAUGAGUUCAAAGUUUAUUACCAGGAAUUGGUUGUCCUAAUUAAUUGCAAUUUGAAAGAAAGUAAUUAGAAAAGUCAAAAUAUAUGAAUACUAGUUGAUACUAGUUUUCCUAUAUCUAGUUGAUGCAUGCAUACAUGGGGAAAAGAGUGUUUUAACAGCACAGUUUAGUUGGUAAAAUUACAAUGAUUGAAAUCUUGGGUCUCGAUAUGUCUUGUUAAGAAAUGCAUUUUAUAUUAUUUAAGCUAAAGCAUAUAAUUUCGUAUGCAACCAUUCAUUCUAUGGAAAUCCAUUAAAAACUUUUUCUUUAGUUUUUAACUUUGUUGAUAUUAUAGAAAUCCUUAUUUUACAUAUGUUUAUGUUUUUGUGUACUAAAUAUAUACCUAACAGUGUAUUAAUUUGCUCUUUGUGAUAUAGAUAGUUGUAUAUAGAAAGUAAUGAUGCACGUGCAAUAAUUAAAUUGUUAAUAUUGAAUAUGUUAUAUAUACAAACUUGUAAUAAAGCCUGUUAGACAUAUUU